AUGGCCGAUUUUGUGCACUGCAAUUCUUGCUAUAAGCAGCCGUCUGCCCAAGGUGACAACACCUUUUUCCUAACAAGUUGCCUCCACAUACUUUGUAAGAAUUGUCUACCGAAAGAAGCAGGCGAUCCUAUUCUGUGCACAAUCUGUAAGCAUGUCAUGAAAGCAGUAGAAAUUAAUUCGGCGAUGGACCCAAAGUUACAAGAUCUUUUCAAGCCACCAAAACAACUCAUAGCGGAGAAACUGUCUGUACUGAAGAGGAAGUACAACUUCCAACAAAUGCUUGCGAGCAGCUUGCUGAAUCAUCUCAAGAAGCAGCGAGCUAAGCUCGAGCAACUUAUGCAGUACUGUCAGAAGCAGGCAAAAAUGACAAAGGAUAAGGAAAAAGAAAUGGCAGACCUUAGGGAAUGGGUUAACACUGCUGAAAUAAAAUUGAAGGAAAACGAACAGGAGAAGGCUUGUUUGCAAAAAGAAAUUGACGAGCUUAAAAAGCUGAACAGCAGGUUUGCAGAUGAGUUACCGCCUAGAGAAGCUAUUUCACUUGGUGAUAAUUUCGGCACUAGUGAUAUGGGCGAACAAUCGUUCCCUUCAUUUUUGCAUACGACUUCGGAUAUGGACGUCAGCGGCACCCUCGGUUCCAUGGCAUACAAUCUCUCCAGUCCGCUGUCAUCUGCAAACAACAGCGCUGUGUCAGAGAUGACGACACCAAAAAUGCUUGGUCUCCGCAAGAAAGGUCCUGGUAACUCUGGUGGUGCCUCACGUAAAACUCCUACAGGACUGGACGCUCAGAAUCCAUAUGCAGAGGUUUUCAGCCGCUCAUCGUCGCUUCAAAAGUACGUUAAACACUACCGUAGUUGA